GCAUGUUUUCCCACAUAUUUUUUUUAUUUUGUAUAUAUAUAACUUUCAAAGUUUUAAUCAAUUUAACAUUCUAUGAAAAUCAAGUGAAUAUGCAUUCUCGUGCACAGACAGAAAAGGUUCUAGUGUGUGCCAAAUCUCUAGACAUUCAAUUAAUCAUAUAACCUAUAGGUUCAAUAGAGCAAACCUUAAGAAUGUAAAAGAGUUUAUCUGUGAGGGCGAGUCCACAUACAGCAAUUUGGUAGGACUUACAGUUUUGUCUUCCCUUCUUUUUUUUAAAAAAUUAUUAUUAUUAUUUUCUUUUUUUAUCUCAGUAAAAAUUUACUUGUGCGUUAAAUUUGCCAAAUAAAUUAUCUUCUUAAUAAAUACUCUAUUUAUUUAUUCAUUGCUCGAACCGGACUGUUUCCAUUAGCAAAUAUUUUUACCGUUAUUAUCUCUCUCUCUCUAUAUGUAUAUACAGUAUCUCACAAAAGUGAGUACACCCCUCACAUUUUUGUAAAUAUUUACAUUAGUUAGUUUAAUGGGACAACACUGAAGAAACACUCACUACUUUGCUACAAUGUAAAGUAGUGAGUGGACAGCUUGUAUAAUAGUGUAAAUUUGCUGUCUCCUCUAAAUAACUCAACACACAGCUUGUAUAUGAUCAGAGCACAAGGUCUCUAACAUCCACCAGCUCUGUGAUGUCGUCAUAGAGGAGUGGAAGAGGACUCUCAACCUGUGAAGCUGUGGUGAACUCCAUACCCAAGAGGGUUAAGGCAGUGCUGGAAAAUAAUGGUGGCCACACAAAAUAUUGACACUUUGGGCCCAAUUUGGACAUUUUUACUUUGGGGUGUACUCACUUUUGUUGCCAGCGGUUUAGACAUUAAUGGCUGUGUGUUGAGUUAUUUUGAGGGGGCAGCAAAUUUACACUGUUACACAAGCUGUACACUCACUACUUUACAUUGUAGCAAAGUGUCAUUUCUUCAGUGUUGUCACAUGAAAAAAUGUGAGGGGUGUACUCACUUUUGUGAGAUACUGUAUAUAUACCCGUCAGUAUAUAUCUUACUUUUGAAGCUGUGAUCUAAGAAACAUCACUAUCUCUGCCGUCGCAAAGGCGAAGUUCCUGGAACUUCUUAUAAGAAAUCGCUCCAUGUAAUACUUCUCUCAAUGUAAUACACGCAUUUCUUAUAUCAUUGACUCCCUUCCAUACAGACAGAAUACACUAUGACUUCAUAAAAUUCUAAUUCUAAAUCAUUGAUUCCCUUCCAUACAGACAGCCAUACGUUAUGACUUCAUAAAAUUCUAAUUCUAAAUCACUGACUCCGUUCCACACAGACAGGUAGGACAGAAUAAUGAGAGUGCUCUGACGCGCUUGUGCUGAACCACUACUAUAUAUAUGAAACAUAGAGCAUGACACACUUCUGUGUACCGAUAAGAAGCAGUUUGAGGCAGUUCAAACAAGCUUUGUUUUAGGAUCUUGGACAGACGAACCUUGAACAGAAGAACAUGUUUGUGUCUCUGUGCUUCUGUGGAUGAUCUACAUCUUUCUUACUCCCUGUGUAGGGUGCUUCUGCAGUUUGGGUUCGAUCUUCUCCAAUAAGUCGUGCGCUAUGCCGCCUGUCACGUUUCAGGACCUGCCGAUCAACAUCUAUAUGGUGAUCAUUGGGACAGGGAUCUUCGUCUUCGUGCUCAGCCUUAUAUUCUGUUGCUACUUUAUAAGUAAGCUGAGACACCAGGCACAAAGCGAGAGGUUUGGAUAUAAAGAGGUGAUCCUGAAAGGGGACACAAAGAAGCUGAAUCUUCAUGGGCAGACGUGUGCCGUGUGCCUGGAGGACUUCAAGGUGAAGGACGAACUGGGAAUCCUGCCGUGCCAACACGCUUUCCACAGGAGGUGUGUGGUGAAGUGGCUGGAGGUGCGGUGUGUGUGCCCCAUGUGUAACAAGGCCCUGGGUGGAGGAUCGGAGCAGCACCACAGCUUAGGCACUCUGCUGGAUGAGCUGGUCUAGAAUAGACGAAAAUGGCUCGAGUAUGGAGAGACGCUUUAACUUUCACCAUUUCAUUCGAAAUCUGACUUGGAGCUGCUGGACUUUUUGGCUGACACAGGCCUCGUCUCAAACUGGAACUAAGAGUAAACAGAGGAGAAACAUGGCCGAAGAAGUAGGAGCUGAGAUGAACCACGCACAUUCCAGCAAUGCUCUGUACACUGCCACUUAACUGAACACUGCCACACUGCCACUGAUGACACCAAGCGGGUUGUACACAAUGCUGCCUGCGUCUGUGUGUGUGUUUUAUCACUAACUCCAGCAACAUUCUCACAAACUAUAAACUGUCUUUCUGAAACACCAGCACGGAUUCUUGAUGUUUCUAGACUUGAAACAAUAAUAUGAUUUCAAAGACUACGAGUCAUGAUGUUGCCAUACAAUGGAUUAAACUAGUUUUUCUGUUUUCUUAGGCUUCUGUUUACAAUUGUCUGGGUCAGAAAUUAGCUCCGCCCCCAGCCACACCAGAGCUUUGUCUCUUUUUUUCCCUAAAAGAGUAUCCAUGAGUUAUAUAAGGCUGCAAAAGAAGAAGUCGUCUUGUUACAAAUGUUUUUCAAUUGGAAGAUGAAUGAAGGCUAUAAAUCGCAUACUGCUUCUUUAAUUUUCAACAGGUGGCCAGCUCUCCUUAUGACAGUUCUAGAUUAUAGAGAUGGGCGGUGUAAAAAUUAUAUAAAUAUAAUAGGGAAUACGAACACACAAUAAGUAAAAUAUGGCCACUGAGCAUCAAUUAGCUAAAUCGUUAGCCUAAUUCAUUCACUACUUUAAGCUUAGUGGCCAUAUUUCACAUAUUCUGUGUGUUUUUAUACCAUAAAAUAUUUAUUGAAAUUGAAAUUCAUCCCACAAAGGCUCUAAAAAAAUCACAUACUGCUUCUUUCUUUUUAAACAGUUCACCACUUUUUAUUGGUUGUAUUGCUAGGAAGAAAAUAUAUCAAAAAAUGUUUUAUGGAAUACAAACACAAUACACAAAAUAUGGUCACUGAGCAUUAGCCAGCUAAUACGUUAUGAUAAUAUUUAGCCACUAAGCACAUAACUGUUCAGUCUUUUAUACCAGAAACAAGACCAACCAAUCGCAAAUAUCAAUGUUUACCUCAGAUGUGUUGGUAAAUAAGUAAGAAAAGUCUCUGUAAGACUAAAAUUACACGGUAAUUGCAUUUAGCAUUGACCGCUAACUAAACUACUUUGGAUUCUACCAUAUUGAGAAGCAUCAACAACUCCUGAACUGGAAGCUAUUUAAAAAAUUCACCAGCGAAUUAAUCAAUAUUGAAUCUUGAAAACACGAUAAAUACACAACCUCCAUUUUAACACAGAAUCCUUCAUGUAAGAAAUGUUGUUGCUAGGCAACUUGGAAAUGAGACCCUGAGCAUAAACUAGCUAGUGACAGAGGCUAGCUAGCAGAUUCAGUUAGCUAGAUUAUAACAGGUCUUUUUUUAUGGAUAAUCUAAAGGCAAAAUGACAGCAGAAAUGACCCAAAACUGCCAGGAAUAUCAACAUUUCUCUCAGAGUGUUGGUAGAUUACAAACAAAAUGCUUUCUACAGCUAAAAAACACUAUAAUUCCUAAACUGCUAAUCAAGCGCCAAUGAAAUCUUUGCAAGUGAAAAUAUUUUUUUGUGUGAUUGCGAAUACCAGAAAAGUGUCUCCUUUGUAUAAAUAAAGAAAUACAAUGAAGAUGAACACACCCCAAUCUGAAUGUAGCAGUCUAUGUUCUGAAUCUGUGUUGUGUGGAUUUUUUUAAAUAAUUAAUAGUGAAAUAUUUGUAAUGUAUUUGUUAAAAACCAGCUUUUGUUCAUGUGGAAUUUUCUUAGUGAGUUCAGUUUUGACUACACAGUGCCAACAUUAGUUCACAAGUGUAUAAACUUUUUUCUCUCUC